CAGGAAGUGACGUUAUCAAAAGCCUCAAACAGCCGUUUGAAGCUGCAGCGGCGGGUUGUUGUCGUUGGUAUGGAUGUUGGAAUCGCCCUGUCUGGGGUCGUGCUCCAACUUCUCCCCGACGGGGUUGUUGUGGUUCUUCAUCUUUGAUUUUGUCGAACAAUAUUGCUGUUUUAAAUAACUUGGCACACGGGCAAUUGACAAUGGAAAGCCAAGGAAGUUGUCUUUUACUGUCGGGUCUGUUCACCGACGUCACCGACACCCAGCCCGGUGCGCCCACGAGGCGGAAGAGCACAACGGCGGGGGGCGUGCUGCUGAGCCCCAACGAAGAGAUGCAGCUGGCCCGCGAGGAGCUGGACCGGCGGCGCAAGCUGCGGCUGCAACAGGUGCGUGAGCAGCAGCGCUACCUGGCGGUGUGUGUGCGGAAGCAGGUAGCUGGGCGUCGGCGGCAGCAGGAAUCUCACCUGGAGCAGCAGCUCCGACAGGAGUGGACACAGCAGCAGCAGCAGCGCCAGGACACACUCUCCACCCAGCUCACACACACACUCAACACCCUGGGACACGCUCACGCCAGCGCCAAGGAGAACGAGCCAGACUGGGCGGGGCUUGUCCAGAAGAGGGCGGAGCAGAAGGAGAGAGCUUUGCAGAGACCAUACGCCCUCAAGGAGCCUGAAUCUUUUAUGUACACUCACAGAGACAGCGCUGCAGUUUUACACACACCUCCUUAG